AUGGACUCGCCACCCCAGACGCCUCGCACCACCAGCUUCAACCAGUCGAUGGCGAGGAACGGGAACCCCUUCUCCCCGCCAGCCAGCGUGCUCACCUUCAGCACCCCCACCGAGUCGCCCAUGCAGACACCGGCAUUUCUCCCUGCUCAGUAUCCGUUCCCAGAAACUGCGCCGAGGAGCGGCAUUACGUCGCUAGCCACAAGCGUCGCUGAUUUGCACCGUACCUCCUCGUCCUUGGGCAGUCGGCCGCAGACAGCCGAAUCUCCCAGGGUCAGCUAUGUCCCCCCCUCGUAUGCACGCUCCCGGGAAGCUUUCACCUCCCCCCCUUCCCGCCCUCUCACUUUGUACAACACUCCUCCCGUCACCAAGGUGAUCAGGGAACGACCCAAGUCGACCAGGCUCACCAACGACAACCUCCCCGAGAAGCCAUGGGUCGAGAAGAGGGACAGGCGUGCCACCGUCGCGUACAUCACGACCUACAGCGUGGCCUUACUCGGAAUCGUCGCCAGCUUCCUCAAGAUCUACUUUGAUUGGAAAUCUCUUCCUGUCUUGACCGGCAACUUGUGCUCGGUCCUUGAUGAGGAUUUCUCCAGCGGAAAUGACGUCUUUGGCGACAAUGGCGUCUUCUUCCGAGAGGUCGACAUGAGUGGCUUUGGAAAUGGCCAGUUCGAGAUGACGACUUCUUCCCUCAACAAUUCUUUCGUUUCCAACAACCGUUUGUACAUCCUUCCCACUCUCACCGAGGACAGCAUCGGCAGCGAUGCAGUCCUCAACGGUCACGUGUACAAUAUUACCGAUUGCACGUACAACAUCACUCUCGGACAGUCGUACACCGAUUCCUCGUCGACCAGCACAGGCACCACCGCUAUCGGCAGCGACGCAGAUUUUGAUGCCGCCGCUUACUACGCUGCCUGUUCGGCCGUGAGCAACUCUACGACAGGAACGAUCAUCAAUCCUGUUCAGAGCGCAAGGAUAAGUACGAGGAGCAGCGCUAACAUCCGCUACGGCAAGGUCGAGAUGUGGCCUGCCAUUUGGAUGCUUCCCGUUGAUAACACGUACGGAAGCUGGCCUCUAAGUGGUGAAAUCGACAUUAUGGAAUCUCGAGGAAACGGGAUUUCAUAUCCUGAACAGGGAUCCAACUAUGUUCGCGGCUCGCUCAACUGGGGUCCGGUCUCUUGGUACAAUGCUGUCGCCAAGACGUACGGAUGGUGGACCCUCCGACGGGGUACCUACGCGUCCGACUUCCACACCUACUCGAUCGAGUGGACCGACAAGUUCAUUCGGAUUUACGUCGACACCCGCUUGCAUCACAUGUUCCAGAUGACCAUCAAGGAAUCCUUCUGGGACCUCGGAGAUUUUCCGUCCACUACCACGAAUGGAUCUGAGACCAUCGCGCUGGACAACCCGUGGGUCAACGGGUCCACGUCCGCACCGUUCGAUCAGAGGUUCUAUCUCAUAUUGGACAUUGCUAUUGGAGGAACAAACGGAUGGUUCCCAGAUGGGUAUGGCAGCAAGCCGUGGCUAGAUGGGUCUUCGACUGCGAUGAGGGACUUUUACAACAAGAAGGACACUUGGUAUGCGACCUGGCCGGAGAGCGUCGACGACCGUGCUUUGGUGAUUGACUCGGUGAAAAUGUGGGAACGGUGUUAA